AAAAAGGGUAAAACCCUCAGUUCUUUCAAUGUUUUUCCCUCACAAACAGGAAACCCUCGAACUUCAAAGUUUUUGAAGCACCAGUAAAGAGAACUAACGUUUCAUUGAAGAUGGAAAUUGAUUCUGAGUUGGAAAAAUCAAAUGUUAAAGUCCCAGAGGAAGGCACUUCAAUGCAAAUGGAUUCCCAGGAAUCCUUGGAAACAAAGGGAGACAGUGAUGAAAAAGAAAAGCUUGCUGAUUCUAUGGACAGAUUAAACAUUGAGUCACCUUCAAGCGGUUUCAAGAGAAAACCAGUUAUUAUUAUUGUUGUUGGGAUGGCAGGGAGUGGGAAGACAACAUUCCUUCAUAGGCUGGUUUGCCACACUCAAGCUUCGAAUAUUAGGGGUUAUGUGAUGAACCUUGACCCUGCUGUAAUGACCAUUCCAUUUGGUGCUAACAUUGAUAUACGAGACACGGUUAAAUACAAAGAAGUGAUGAAGCAGUUCAAUCUUGGACCUAAUGGAGGAAUCCUUACAUCUCUCAACUUGUUUGCCACCAAGUUUGAUGAGGUUAUUUCAGUAAUUGAGAGGCGAGCAGAUCAACUUGACUAUGUUCUUGUGGAUACUCCUGGGCAGAUUGAGAUAUUUACUUGGUCUGCUUCAGGAGCUAUCAUUACAGAAGCAUUUGCUUCAACUUUCCCUACUGUAGUCACUUAUGUAAUGGAUACACCUCGUUCGGCAAGUCCAGUUACCUUUAUGAGCAACAUGCUUUAUGCUUGUAGCAUCCUUUACAAGACACGGUUGCCUCUUGUAUUAGCAUUCAACAAGACUGAUGUUGCACAACAUCAGUUUGCUUUAGAGGUAUGA